AUGUAUGAAGAAUUUACUAGUGUGUUGGAUAAGGCAAAUCGUCUCUUUUCGUACAAGCUUCUUGGCUUCUCCAAUAAGUCAUUACAAAAUAUUGCCCAGAAACCCCAGAAAAAAGCAGGGAAUGAAGCUUUUCAGUCUGGAAGGCAUAAAGAAGCGGUUGAGCACUAUACUGCUGCUAUAUCAAGCAGUGCUGAAUCACUUCCCUUUGCAGCUAUCUGCUUUUGCAAUCGAGCUGCCGCACACCAAGCCUUGGGCGAAAUUUCUGAUGCCAUUGCAGAUUGCAGUCUAGCCAUAGCUUUUGAUGGAAAUUACCCAAAGGCAAUUUCCCGGAGGGCCACUUUAUAUGAGAUGAUUAGAGAUUAUGAACAAGCAGCUAAUGAUCUUCAGAGGCUCGUGUCUCUUCUUGAAAAUCAAUCAAGAGAAAAGGUUCAGCAGUCUGAUACACCCAAUAGAUCGUGUGGCAACAUUGUAAAAGAAUUAAAACGAGCUCAUAAUCGUCUGUCCUCGAUGGAAGAGAAGGCUAAAAAGGGAAUUCCCUUGGAUCAUUACCUCAUUUUGGGAGUCGAUGCAUCUGAUACAGCAUCCGAAAUCAAGAAGGCAUACCGAAAAGCAGCCCUCAGACAUCAUCCGGACAAGGCUGGACAAUUCUUGGUAAGAAGUGAGAGUGGAGAUGAUGGGCAACUUUGGAAGGAGAUCGCCGAAAAGGUCCACAAAGAUGCUGACAAGCUAUUCAAAAUGAUUGGGGAGGCAUAUACCGUACUUUCAGACCCCACUAAGCGGUCAAAUCAUAACUUUGAAGAGGAAGGGAGGAAGGCUCAGAAGAACAGUAAUAGAAGCAGCAGCAGCAGCAGCACUGGAAAAUCAUCCGAUUUUUAUAGUUCUCCAUUUGAGAGAAGCUGGAGCUCUGGAAAACCAUCAAAUUUUUACGGCUCUCCAUUUGAGAGAAGCAGCAACAGGCGAUAUUGGCAGGAAUCCAAGUCAUAUGAUGACUCACGCUAUUGAUG